AUGCCCCAGCCUCCGCCAAAUGCUUUUGCGCCAGGCACGCGCCUCACUGUCGGCUCGCACAGGGUCACCAUAGCGCUGUAUCUCUCGCUGGGUGGGUUUGCCCACGUGUACACGUGCCAAAUCGAGCCGCUGUUCCACGGCUCCUCCACCGCCUGUUUGAAACGUGUGGUGGUGCCCAACAAGCAACAGCUUGCGCUUCUCCGCCAAGAGGUGGACGCCAUGAAACGGCUCCGUGGAAACAGCCACAUUGUGUCGUAUAUUGAUUCGCAUGCUGCCCGCUUGCCUCUAACGUCCGACCCAGCGCAAGGCUCAAACGCAAGCGCACAGUCUCAAAACCAAACACAACAGUACGAGGUGUUGUUGUUGAUGGAGUACUGCGCGGGAAACGGGCUUAUUGACUUCAUGAACCAGCGCUUGACAAAUCGUCUCACGGAACGCGAGGUUUUGUCCAUUGCGGCCCAGGUCACUACUGGUGUGGCCAUGUGCCACCACUUGACUCCCCCAUUGAUUCACCGCGACAUCAAAAUUGAAAAUGUCUUGAUCGAUGCAGAUGGCUCCUACAAGCUCUGUGACUUUGGUUCCGCUGUUGGUUACAUCCCCAUUCCGUCUACCGCAGACGAGCUCCAACUCACACGCCAGGACAUUAUGCGCCAUACGACUCCUCAGUAUCGAGCACCUGAAAUGAUUGAAGUGGGCCGUUUCCCCAUUGAUGACAAGCUGGAUGUGUGGGCAUUGGGUGUUCUUAUCUACAAAUUGUGUUAUUACACCACGCCGUUUGAGCUGCCGCAUCACCAGACUAUGAACGACUUGGAGCGGCUGAUUUUGCAAUGCCACACCACCCUUCGUUUUCCUGGCCUGCCCCAGUAUAGCCAGCGUCUUCAGAAUAUCAUUCGCUGCUGCUUACGCCCGGACCCGCGCCGGCGUCCAAACGCUGUUCAGUUGCUUCAGGAGAUCUGCCUGAUGCAAGGCUCAAGAAUGCCAGAGGUGGUUCCGCAUGCUGUUCGCCUGCAACGGCCAGUCGUCAAGGUUUCAGCUGCUCCAAAAGCUCAGACUAUGCCUAUACCGCAAAUGGCUGGCGUUCCUUCUGGCAAGUCGCCAGUUGCGCCUCCCUCUAAGUCUCCAACGGCGCCUGUCAUUAAGUCACCGGUCCUGGUUGCUGACAGAAAGGCACGGCCCAAGUCAAUGUAUCUUAUUCCUGACUCAUCCGCCUCUUUACAAGAUCUUAUCCAGCAGCAAGUGCAUGACACCAGCCAUGAUUUGACCAACAUGCGCAAGUCUGAGGAAUUGGAUAGAGGUACUUUGGAUUUCUUGCGGUCCAAGGACGGACCCUUACGUAACGAUACGGGCAACUCCCUCAAAGCAUCACUCAAGAAUGGCUUAAGACGCAUCAGCACAGGAGGGUCUGUAAAGUCACAGCGGGUCGAACUGGGUGACCAUCGUGGGAAACAACGGUCAACAAGCCAACAAGGCCAGGAAAAUUACCGUUCUACUAGCAGUGAGCUCAAACGCAGGUCAUCAAUACAGAAGCGUGUAUCACAACUCUUCAGCAAUCGUGACAAGAAGGUUCCAAAAUCUGCAGUCGGGUAUGGUAAAUAUACUGAUCAAGACGACAUUACUGCCAUCAACAACACUGAUCUCUCGACAAGUGACGAAUCUCUUGAACGACCACUGUCAAGAGUUUCCUACUAUGAUUUCGAUAAGAAGCUGUCUAAAACCCCGGAACCGGAGAAAAAACAUGAGCAGAAGGAAAUCAAGGUGGAGAAGACACUCAACAAUAAAGUGGAAAACAAGACCGGAAAUAACGCUAAAGGUGCUGGUGUUCGCCACAAGUAUGGGUCACUUGCAAGAAAGCACGAGCCACCACCCUGUCCACCCAGCUUGAGUCACACAGAUGUUUCCGGGGGAGGAAGCACGAAAACACGCAAGCCAUUGGCCCCCAAGAAGGCACCGCCACCCAAACCAAAGAAGCCUCUGCGCUUGAAGUUGCUCGACACGGCUGAGACUAGGCGGCUUAGUACUUCAAGCGAGAUAUCCAUGCCGGACUUGGACGAUCUCGAGAAACAAUUUGCGCGGCGGUUUCCCAGCUACGUAUAG